UCCAAAGCGCCCUCUAGUGGGCUACCGUUACCGACUAUGCUCAUCUCAGGCAGCACAAAACAAUCUCUCAAAGACUUUGAGCAAAACAUGUCUUGUACGUAACGGUUCGGGAUCUAAAGGCGGCUUCUCGCUUCCAGCGUGACAAGAAGCAUUGUCUUUGUUUUUCUUCACAAGUUGCCUUCCACUGCUGUAUGAUUCCCGUCGUGUCAGCGGCAGAAGAGCCAGAGAGAUGUCUCAGAAAGCACUGGGAUCCCUUGUAGCUCUUCUGUGUGCCGGGGCCUGUCUGGUUCAGGGAAAGGAGUUCUGUUUUGGUGUAAACAAUGAGCAAUACCGCUGCGAGAUGGGCUACUGUUGCGGUGAAACCAAGUGUUGCACCUACUACUACGAGCUGUGGUGGUUCUGGUUGGUGUGGACUCUGAUCAUCAUGCUGAGCUGCUGCUGUGCGUACCGCCACCGCAGGGUGAAGAUGCGUCUGCAGCAGGAGCAGCGGCAGAGGGAGAUCAGCCUCAUGGCGUAUCAGGGGGCGUCCAGCUCCUUCAUCUCCCCGCCGCCCCCCAGCCUGAGGUUUUGGAACGACUGUAAGCUCCCCGACUAUGAGGAGGUUGUGGGCCAUCCCCCGACUCCUCCUCCACCCUACUCCGAGGCCCCGCCCCCCCUCCCCCUGCCAGCCAGUCAGCCUGCGGCAGCCGCCACCGCCCUGGUGCUGCCCCUUUCCCAGGCCGCUGGGUCCGCCUCACCAGCACCACCAGCACCAGCAGCCUCCAGCCCGUCACAUCCGCCGUCGGGGCGGGCGGAGGAAGAGGAGGAAGAGCUGACAACCCGCCGGCGCCAUGUGACGGGCGACUCUGGGAUCGAGGUGUGUGUGUGCCAGCUGGAUGAGGAAGAGGAGGAGGAGGAGGAGCCACAGGGGGCCGCUGAGAUGCGGCUGUGCCGGAGCGCGGGGGGGGACUGCUGCUCCGGGCCUCUGCACCACCAGAAGCGAGCCCUGAGACACCAGGAUCCCAGCCGGCCGGGACCCCAGACCGCGGGUGCCGGCCCGGGGGACCAUAUGGUCUAGGAUUAGGGCACCCGACCGCCCUGGGCCACUGCCGCUGCCGAGUCUUGUUUCAAAUAAUGUCUCUGCCUGUCUUCUUGCUUCACAGAGGCUCCAACAACACGAGCUAACGUUGGCAGUCGUCGUGGCAACCGUCGGUCAGGGUCGUGAAGAUGGGAAUUUAAAGAAAGAUGAUUGGGAAAAAAACUAAAUGUACGGAUGACUGUACGGAUGAAGUAUUUCCAGAUUAGGAGUGAUGCCUCCUUUUCAGAAGAAAAGGAAAAUCUGUGCCCCCAGAUAAAACAUGGGGGGUGAUUUCAGUGAUUGAUUGUAACCAAAAGCUGUAGUGUUAGGCUUAAACUCCUCCCUCCCUUCUCUCCUGUCUGGUUUUCCUCUCCCUCUGGUAUUGGCUGAUUCAUUGCAUCAGUCCCAAGUGAGGCCCGGCGGGGGUUCAGGAGGACUUCUGAUAACAUUCUCCCCCCAGACCAAAGAGUGGACCCUGUGAUAACAUCAGCUGUGUGCUGAUGUCUGAGGUCAUAGCAUUAGAGCAUUCCCGCCAUCUUGGAUCUUAACAUGAAUGUCUUUGCCGGACCGGUUGGAUAUGGAGUCUAGAGUGGCUUGACAGACGAGAGCAAAAGGAGAGAGCUUGGAGAGGAGUUUGGACUUUGACUUUUCUGCUUGUGAUUCUAGUUUCUAUAUCAUACUGUCUUUGAUGGGAACCCUUUUGGUUCCUUUUACCCGUCAUAUCAAACUGUUUAAUUCUCUUCACACCCGAUUCAGUCAUGUGGUUGGCCCUUCAUCUGACAGCGAUUGGAUUUGAACAAUUGGUUUUAAUGGGACUUGUUAUCUUAGGGUGUGUGUGGUCUUUUUGGUGGUUGUUACUGUUGUUGCUUUAAAUCACAGCGGGAUCAACUACAGGCGCAGCCCUCACCCAAUGAGAGGGCUUCCUGAGCUGUGUUGGGCUGCAAAGUUCAUCCAUAAGGAUCCUGCUUGCGGUUGUGUGUGCGAUGUAAAGUGAUGUGUCUGCAGCGGGAGAUGGGCUUCAACCCUCCGACAGCGCUCUGAUUCAACAGGAACAGUGCUAGGGUGUCUGCUUGGUUCUCUAGAGUUGGGAAACUGAUGUCAGGUUUGAAUACACGUGACCGUGAUCAAACGCUUUUCCCUCAAUGUUACACACAAACACACACACAAAACACUUGAAUUCCGACCGAGGUUUAAGAUCCAUGCGUCCUAUAUUUCCAUAUUUUUGAAACUGUGUGUACUUAUGCAGUGAGCACCUAGUGAGCUAGAGUUAGCUAUCCCUGCGGGGUAGCGGUCACCAGCAGUGGAUGACUGCUGCAGCCUAGAUAAGGACGCGUCAUAGGGUUCCCGUGGUAUACUCUGUUCAGUAGUGGUCGGGCUGACAGAGGAAAUGUCCAUGCUACAUGGUAGCGUCAGCUAGUGUUAGUUAAGCUGCACAUAGUAACUGCAUGCUGCUCGCAUCGUCAUUAGAAGCAUGGUGGUGGAAUUUGGUGAUUUCACAGAAGAAUUGUAAAGAAGCACCCCAACUCCCAAAAAACACCUUUAACUCUUUCUCUGGGUCACUGGGUUUCAUCAAACAAGAUGACGGUGGACCCAUUUCCUGUUUUUUAACCCAUGACGAGGUCAGACAGUAGGCGUCUUCUAUUGGGCUGAAAGCGACACAAAUACUCACAGAAAAGAACUACAUCUAUGUCUAGCUUUUGUAUUGAGUAAGCACCGCAGCCCCAGCACGAUGAUGUCCUCCCAAACACAGAGUAGUCUCCUUCUGUCUGACAUCCACACUUGAUGAAGUGAUACGCUUGUAUUUUAGUGUGGAUUACAUUUAAUCGGUGGCCGCAUAAACUUGUAAAAUAAACUUUUCAUACAUUUCCUAUGUAUACACCUUAAGCUGCCUUGCUAUGUAAUUAGGCAACCGUUUUCUUGUCAUAAGGUUGCACAGUAGAUUAGGUUUUUAUUUUGGACUGGAAAAGAAUACUUGUGCUACCUAUGUCGGAAUGCCUUAUUAAUUUGUUGAUUUAAAUUAUGGUUUUGAUCAGUUCUGUGAUGAGUAAUUGGUGGCUUGGUGUUUGUUGUUGUAUUUCGGGCAAGAAACAAGUCAUGUUUGUUUGUUUGUGUGGCAUGCAGAGCAUGUUUAUUGUAGAGCACUUCCUGUCUUCCUGUUGGAUACAGGAAGUGGCUUUUAGGCUGUUCUCAACCCACUAUAACUGAACCACUAGAUAUGGACAUUCAUGUAUGAGGUGGUGGGCUUUAGUUUGGUCAAAUAAAGUGUAGAAAAGACAAUGCUUUCGAUGAGAUGGGGCGACCUAGGGAUGUUUUGAUAUUUUAUAACGACUGUAUUGAGAUCGGCCUGGGAUCCAAAACCGAUGAUUUAAAUUUUGUUUUGGAAACUUUUUUCAUAAAUUUAGGUUUGGUUUGUAUGAUUGCUUAAAGGUGUUCCGGGGGUACCAAAUGGGGGGGCUAUACUUUUAAAAUUGCCGAAAAAAGGCUUCUCACAGUUUACCUAGAUGAAGGGCUAUAUGGUAAGUUAUUCACACACCUCCUCAUCCCUUAAGAAGGGUUGGAUGCUCCCGCAUGGUUCCUGUGUUCAGGUUGUGGGGGAUAAAGAGUUCCUCCCAGCACGGUGAUGGUUUAUAUUCAACAAUAAGCGAUUGUAUACAACAAUGUAUAUUCAAUUAACAAGCUACAUCUGCCUUCUGCGUUGAGAGUUAUUGAGUUUCGUCUUUCGUCAAUGUUCACAGAGGUGUGUGAUGUGUCCACCUAGGCUCCAGAGACCAACCCCCCCCCCCCCCUCUCUCUCUCUCUCACAUACAUACAUACAUACUCGAGCCCCGAUCAUCUUUUAUUUUACACCAGUUUAGCGCCCCCCCCCCCCCCCCCCCAGUCACUGUUCUAAUAUCCAUUGAUGAACUUUAUCAUGAGGUUAACGGUUUUGUGUGUCCGACUCUCAGGGUUUAAGUCCUAGACGAGCUUUCAGAUUAUUCCAAACCCCAUUAUGAUCGCAUUGUUAGUCUGGGCACAAACAUUCCCCCCAACCACUGUAACCCUUUCAUCUUCACCCGUGCAUCACAUACCUCUGUACUGUACUGUACUUAAAAAAAAGGCUAUGCAAAAAUACAUAAACCCCUUCUAUUUGUUGUUGCAAUCUCUUUCCCCCAUCGUAUUUGUCAUGUAUUUACAAUACAUAGAUAGUAAUAUACAAGCAAUAUGUCCAGCAAUCCUCUGUCUCCCCUACUGUACUAUACUUCAAAAUUAACUUUUUUCAAGAAAAAUAUGCAAAAGAAGAACGAAAAAAAAAAAAAAGACAGGCUUUUGAGUUGUGAAGGUGUUGGAUGAAUCACGGGUGAGAACAUCAGAAACGAUUGAGUUAAUUUGGUUUCUCCGGAUCAAAUAAAAAAAGGGUAUGCUGUUCUGCUGCCUGUGGAAAAGUGUGUUUGCAGCUUAGCAGGCGAGAGAGCGUGUUUGCCUCUUAAACAAAACACCAUUCAUUUACAAGUUGAAAUAUAUAAACAAUUAACAGACAUGUAAUAAAGGAAAUGGUUGUCUUUAUUUUUUGGUUAGGAAUGUUACUACUUUGGGCUGGUCUGUUUUCUUAUGUCACUCAUAAGUCCUGGGCCGUGGUAUAGUGGUGGCUAAACCUGGCCCCUGGUCUUUUGUAGGCAUUGAACAACGUCCCCUUCCACAAUAGAAUGUCAACCAACAUGUAAACUAUACUUUCUCUUUACCGAAACACAGCAAAUGUUGUAAAACUGAUGUCUGCCAUUUUGGUGUGUGUUUAUUUGUGUAAGAUUUUUUCUUCUGCCAAAACAAAAAAAAAGUAUCCAAUGUUGAUGCAGACUAUUCAUAUUUGGAUUUUUUUUUCGCACACCAAAAUCAAGCAGAAAUAUAAAAAUAAUAAAAAUAGAAUAAUUAAAUGUUAGGCAACAAUUAUAAGCAUUCAAAGUGUAUGGUAUAUAGAUUGCUUUGUUUUAGUCAAAGGCUUAUAUACUCUUGGGUCCUCAUUUGUAUUUUAUUUUUUUAAUAAAACAUAAAUAUUGGCGCUCAA